GCCACUGGUAACACUGGUGUAGAGAAAAAUAGGUUGAAUAGGUCUGACAAAAUUUCCAAAUUUUAGUGUUAUUGAUACAGUUUGAAAUGGUUAAAAGAAAACCUGCGGCGUUAAUAGAUAGUGAUUCCAGUAACGACUCUGAAAGUGAUCUAGAUUCAGAAUUUCUUAAACUUUCAAAAAACAAAAAGAAAAAAUCACCACCACCCCAAUCAUCAGACUCCGGUUCAGAAUCAGACAAUUCUUCAAAGAAUGUCAAGAAAAAAGCCAAACGCGAUUCCUCUUCAGAUUCUGAGCAAGAGGAAGCUAAAAAACAAGAUGAUGCUGACAAAUCAGAGCCAGAAGAAGGUGAAGUUUCAGAUUCUUCAAGCUCUGAAGAAGAGUUUAACGAUGGUUACGAUGAUCAGUUGAUGGGAGAUGAAGAAGAUAGGGCAAGAUUGGCUGCCUUAACGGAAAAGGAACGUGAAACAGAAAUUUUUAAAAGAAUUGAACAAAGAGAAUUAAUGAAAACCAGGUUUGAGAUAGAAAAGAAGUUGAGACAGGCGAAAAAGGCCGAACGUGCCAAAGACAAACCAUCGAAACCGAAGGAAAAAGAUAAAGAUAAAGAAAUCGUCAACAAUAACAAGGUACAGAAUGAUUUUAUUCCUAUCGAUCACAAAGAACGAAGUAAAGAGAGGAAAAAGAACAUAGAGGAAAAUAGGGGGAAAACGGAGAACAAAAGAUUUAAUGCUAUGGCGGAAUUGAAAGCGCGAAGGGAGGGUAAAAUAAAGAGGGAGGAAGCUGAAGAAGAGAGGAAGAAAAAGGAGGAGCAAAAGAAGAAAGACGAAGAAGAAGAAAUAAUGAGUAAGAAAAACGAAACGAAGUUAAAGGCUUCCGAUAUUUAUUCAGAUGACAGUGAUUCAGACAACGAUGACGACGAAAAAUCUUCAUCGUCGCCACAAAGGCCCACAGUAGCAGAGUCUGUCAGAUCCAGAUCACGCUCUAGGUCCAAAUCGAGGUCAUCGUCUAGUUCAAGUUCCAGUGAUAAUGAAGAGGAAGAUGAUGACCGAAAAUCCGCUUAUAUUCCUGCCAGAAGCGAUCUCAACUUAGUGAGACUGUCUAGACACAAGUUGGAAAGGUUUGUUCACAUGCCCUUUUUCGAUAGAAUUGCAAAAGGCUGUUUCGUUAGAGUUGGAAUCGGUCAACACAAUAAUGCACCUGUUUAUCGAGUGGCAGAAGUAAUUGGAGUAUAUGAGACGGCCAAGAUAUAUAAUCUUGGAAAUACAAAAACAAAUAAGAUUCAAGAAAAGUCUCGUUUCAAAGCAAAUCCUUACAACUACGCUAUGAGGAAGACUCAGUUAAUGAAAGAAAGGGAUGGGGCUAUAAGCAGAGGCGAUGAAGAUGUUGCCAGGGAAUUAGCUCAAAAGCUAUCCGACUUGGAAGAAAGAGCUUCAGAAUUAGACAAAUUACGUACUUCAACCAUUUCCAGUAUCUCUUACAUAAACGAUAGAAAUAGGAAAAAGAAUGUAGAAGAAGCCGAAAAGGCUAUCAUGGAGGAAGUUAGGGCAAAUAAAGGCAAAAAAGCUGAUGAUCCGUUCACAAGACGAUCGACCAAACCUAGGAUGAACUUCAAAGCAGGAGAAAAAGAGGCACGUGCCAUCAAGGAAGCUGAACUUGCAAAAUUAGCUGCCGAACGAAAAAAGAAUGAAAAAAUAGCAGUUCUUGAAACCAAAAAAUCCGCUCAACCUGCUCAAGUUUCUCAAGACGACUUGUUUUCUGCCCAUGACUUUGAUAUUAAAAUUGAUCUUGAAGUACCUCUGGCCGCUACACCAGUAAACGUGGUUCCUAAGACAAUGACAAAAGAUUUAGCACCUAAACGAAGCCUAAAUCUGCAGGACUACAAAAAGAAACGGGGCCUUAUUUAAUAUUUGUUUCAUAUCGGACCAGAGUCUUUAGAGUAUUUAUGUAAUUAUUCCUAUUGCAACUAUCAACCUCCCAAAUCUCUAUUAAAGACAAUUUUGAAGCCAAUGGUAUUAAACGAAUAUUUUUGUUAAACCAUUUAGAAUGUAAUUUUAACUAUGUAUUUAUUAUUUUAGUGUCAGAUAGUGGCCUCUUUACAUUAUAUUAGGUUAAAUUUGUAU